AGCCGCGCUGCGUGUGCCGGGGAGAGUGCUGCAACUGUCGCUUCUCGUCUAACACGCACACCCGCGCGCGCGCACGCACACACACUCCCCCCCACCCCCAAAAAAACAAGUCACCUGGAUUUUACCUCCCGAACAUAACCCACCUGAUGUGAGAGAGGAAGCGGAAGAAAUACUGGAAUCGCGAGACAAAAGAGAUGGGCGCGUUCGGGGUGCUGCUGGGGACUUUACAUUACAUGGGACUCUACCUUCAAUUUAGCGCCUCCGCCAGGCAAGGUGGCCACGUCGAGAUGGAGAACCACGUUGCCGGGAACGCCGUGUUUACUGAGGUGCCUCAUGACAUGACUGCUCAGAGGGGUCAGGAUGUGGAGAUGGCGUGCUCGUUCAGAGGGGCGGGGACGCCAUCCUAUUCGCUGGAGAUCCAGUGGUGGUAUAUCAGAAACCACCACGACUGGACAGACCGACAGCCCUGGACAACCAAUGUGGUGGCACCUGAUGAAGAGAUGCCAAAGGAUGCUACUAAGAUAAGUGUGGUGAAGGUCGCCGGGAGCAACAUCUCCCAUAAGCUCCGCCUCUCCGCCGUCAAGCUGUCCGACGAGGGGACCUACGAGUGCCGCGUCAUCGACUUCAGCGAUGACGCGGGCGCCCGCCACCACCGCGUCAGAGCCUACCUGCAGGUGGUGCCAGAGAGCGGCGCUGGCAACGGUCACCGCAACAGCCAGGCCUCGCGCCGCAGCAGCAACGGCAACUUCGACGCCUCGGAGGACACCACCAAAAGAGAAGUCGGGGGCGGUGGGUUCAGCGGCAGGAACGACGCCGAACCGCACGGUGGCGCCAGCGACCUAAGGGGUCACGGGAGCGGCCACCUGCAGAGCCACGGGCACCACCAGGAACACGGCAAGCGGGCUUCGUCGCAAGCCCACCACGGCCACACUCCCAGCAGCCAGCAGCACCAGGCCGGCAGAGAGCUGAAGAAGAGGGAUGUGGACAGUAACUACAGCCCGAAUAACUGCCCCGACGAGCCCAGCUGUGGGCUCUAGGCGGUUAGAGCAGGGCUAUAGAUCACACAAGGAUUGCGUAACUCUUAUAUGAUGUAUGUGUCACUGCAUGAAAGGCCAUUAUUCCGCACAGUGCAGGCCUGCACCGUAGAAAUGUCGACUGAGCGGGAUGCAC